AUGCUGGCUGCCUUAACGACUUUCUUUCUAUUUUUUGCUCCGCUGACGUUUGUAGCAUAUAAAGCUUACAACUGGGCGAUUAGCCAACGAGUAGCUGGUCUCAAUAAGAAGACAGUCGCCAUUUCUGGAUGUGACUCUGGUUUUGGUCGUCUUCUCGCCGUCAGACUUGUUAAUCAAGGAGUUCCAGUUAUUGCUGGAGUGCUCCGGAAAGAAAAUGGUGAAAGUCUAAAACGAGAAGUAGCUACUCCAAGUCUUCUCACUUUCGGAACUCUCAAUGUUGGAGAUGAUGAGAGUGUCAAGGAGUUUGCGAAGUUAGUUGAGAGAACUGUUGAGACUCGUGGAGUAUGGGGAGUGGUGGCUAAUGCUGGAAUUCUUGGAAAUUCCGGACCGGACGAUUGGUUGACAGCUCAGGAUUAUAUCAAUACCAUGCAAGUCAACACCUUUGGAGUCAUGCGUUUCAUUCAGAACUUGAAAAAAUUUGUGAAGAAACAAAGGGGAAGAGUUGUUAUCAUCUCAUCUAUCUCUGGUAGAACUCCACGUCCAACUGUUGGUCCAUACUGUGUUUCCAAACACGCAGUAGAGGCAUAUGCAGACGUUAUCAGACACGAAUUGAUAGACUUUGGUGUUUCGGUGCAUUUGCUUGAACCAGGAUUCUUCACCACUAAUAUCACACAAACGGCUACCAAUGAUUUGGAUGCUGUCUGGGAGAGACUUGAUAAGGAGACUAAGGAUGAGUAUGGAAAGCAAUUCUUUGACGAAUACAAACACUCUCGCUUCUCCCGCCUCUCUCACUGCGCUGACAACCUGAACCCCGUAGUCGACGCUUAUGAACACGCUCUUCUCGGACAGUACCCCAAGACCAGAUACUGGGUUGGAUGGGAUACUAUUCUCUUUUACAUUCCUUUGGCUACACUACCAACGUUUGCUCAAGACUGGUUCAUCUCGUUCCAACGUCGCGGUCGUCCAGUUCCUGCUGUCAUGAAACAUUAG